CAUAUGCGCAGUGGAGUUCCAUGUACAUAGUGCGCCAUUUUGUGACAGUAGGCCGCUUGUUUCGUGCAAGAGAUUAGUUAACCUGUGCUUGCAAACAAAAUAACGUUUUCUCAGUGUAAUCAUGGCUGAAAACUAUUCGACGGGAGAAGCAGGGGGCGUUGAGAUUCCUGAGGGAGAAAUUCGUAAAUUGUCGGAGCUGAGAGUCAUCGACUUGAAAGCAGAAUUAAAAAGACGAAAUCUGGACGCCACUGGCAUCAAGAGUACGCUGACAGAGAGGCUGAAAAAGGCGAUUGAAGAAGAGGGUGGAAACCCAGAUGAGAUGGUGGUUGUUCUCGAUGCAACUCCUAAGGCGGCACUGGCUAAACGAACCUCCAAAGGGAAAAGACAGGAGAAUGAUGAAUCAGAGGACUGCACCAUUGAGGAAGAUUCGGGUGAUGGCCAGGAUGACAACAUGCAGGACAUGGACAUCCUGGAUAUGAAUGUGCUUGAUGAGGCUGAGAAUGACAACAGUAUGCCGGCAGAGGAGGAGUAUGACACAGAUGAAGUCCUGAACUCUCCGUCGGAUGAAGUCAACCCCGAGAUCCUGGCUGACGAAGAGGCCACAAACGAAGAUGAACACAAUGGAAUCUCUGGCUCUCUUGAGCUGAUGAGUGAAGCCAAACCUGAAGAGGUUCAAGAGAAGGAUCUGAAGCCCAAAGACUCAAAGGAAGAAAUAGAAACUGAUAAAGUAGCCGGGUCUUGUUUAUCUGAGCCGCUAAAUGAAGAGCGCCAGGAGCCACCGACAGAAGAUCAAGCCACCAUCGGGGACAAGGUCAAUGUUGCCGAGGAAGACAAUUUGGAGCCUGAACUGUCGACUAGCGACAUGGACGUUGCUAAGCUAACUGCGAGUGAAAUGAAAGACACUGGCGACACACAAAAUGUCCCCGACGAGGCAGAUGACGCUGAAAGCGAGAGCGCUCAGGCUGUUAGCGUAAGCGAGCAGGGCGCGGGUGAAACCGAAAGCGCUGUUGAUUCGGAAAUGGUCUCUAAGGCUGAGGGUGAGGAGAAGACUGAAGAGAAUGCUGCAGAAUCAACGACAGUGAAAGAGUCCUCUUCUGUUGAGGGUGAUGAUCAGAAAAAGAGUUCUGAUGAGGAUAAAGGUAGCAAGCCUGACUCAAAAGAUGAAAAGGGCCCUGCAGGUAGUGCUCCAGCUAGUAGUGGCAGAAACCUGUGGGUUAGCGGCCUCUCCUCCAACACCAGAGCAACUGAUCUAAAGACUCUGUUCAGCAAGCACGGAAAGGUUGUUGGCGCUAAAGUGGUGACUAACGCCCGGAGCCCUGGGGCUCGCUGCUAUGGUUUUGUCACCAUGUGUUCCACAGAGGAGGCCACCAAGUGUAUCAGCCACCUGAACAGGACCGAGCUCCAUGGUAGAAUGAUCUCUGUGGAGAGGGCUAAGAACGAGCCUGCUGGGAAGAAGCCUGCUGACAAGAGCGAUGCUAAGUCUGACACCGACAGGAGACACUCCUCAGACUCCAAGUCCGAUGCCAACAAAGAUGAAAUGGCUGAAGGUGAAGUCGGAAAAGAUGGCAAACGUAAUGAGAGGACAGUGGUGAUGGACAAGUCCAAGGGAGAGCCUGUCAUCAGCGUGAAAGCCAAAAGCAAAGACCGGAGCACCAAGAGUCGCGACCGCAAGUCCCCAAGCAAAGAGAAGGACAUCCUGUCGUUUGACCAGAUCAAGGAGCAGCGUGAGCGGGAGAGACGGAGGCAGCGGGAGAGGGAGGUUAGGGAGGUGGACAGACGCAGGCACUCUGGGGAGCGCGGCAGUGGCCCAGACCGUAGCAGCGUGGACAACCGCACAGAGCGUGAGCGUAUCCGCCUGUUCCGGGAGAAGGAGGAGCGCGAGCGCCUCCUGCGGAAAAGAAACUGGCUGGAGGUGGAGAAGGAGCGGCUGAACUUUGACCGCAUGGAGCGCGAGUUCCUGGAGCGUGAGCGUCAGCGUGUGGAGUACGAGCGCCGGCGUGAGCAGGAGAGGAUCCAGCGGGAGAGGGAUGAGCUCCGCAGGCAGCAGGAGCAGCUGCGCUUCGAGCAGGACCGCCGCCCCCUCAAGAGGCCCUAUGCCGACUUGGACAACAGGAAAGACGACUGGCAGGAGAAGAGGCUGGCUAUGGAUGACCGCUAUGGAGGGCGCUCAGACUUCGGUCGCCAGGAGCGCUACCAAGACAUUGACCACAGGGACCGCGGUCGCUACCAGGACGAUGCCGUCAUUGACAGGAGGGACACUUCACGGGCUGUAGUUGCAGACAGGGAUAGCACGCACUUCUCGGACCGUACCGAGAGGCACGGGAGGGACACCUGGACCGCAGCAGGAAGUUAUGACAAGCGUACUAUUAAUCCAAGGGAGGGCCGUGACUGGGACAGAACCUGGCAAACCGGUCGAGACGGGGGCAUCCCAGGCCAAAGUCACAUGGGGGCACGGGGAGGAAUGGCAAGUCGUGGAGGAGGCUACAUGACAACAGGGACCUCCCAGUCUCUCUCUGGAGCUCUGAAUCGUCAGAAUCAGAUGAUGCAGGGUGGCGGGGCCUUCGGUCGCCGCUACUGAGGUCUGAACACCCUUGUUCUCAGUCACAUGUUUAGAUGUAUUGUGAAACUGUCUGCAGCAUGUAUAUUGCUCACAAAAGCUUUGUGAAUUCAAUGUUGCUUUUAUAGACCCUUUGACUUUUCUUCCUCCUUUUAAAAUUUAAGAUUGCAAUUGAAUUUAACUGAACAUCUGAGUUUUAAAUGUCUGAUCAGAUCAUUCAUAGUUUUUUCACUCAAUUACCUUUUUUUUUUUCAAAUAGAAAAUUGAUAAAUUCCGUUCAAUUUGAGUGUUUUCUAUGUGGUUGAAUCUUGGUAAGAAAUGCUCAGGAAUGCGUCUGCUUAAACUUGGUUGCGGAAAAGUACGAACACAAUGGUUAUGAUUGCAUUUCAGGCUUAAUUUCAAUUACUGUCAAAUGUGGCAUUGUCUUAGUGGUAAUGUACAAAAAUCUUUUAAGAAUUUGUAUGGAUAAUAGGAAACGAUUAACCGCGUUUGAUUCAACUGCAGUUGUACAAUACCACCACUGGAUGGCACCAGAUGGCUAUUUUUCUGUGAGAUGAAAAUGCUGCCUAAUAAAGUUUUCUUUUUGCAGGCCAA